ACAUUUUGGCCCAUCCUGAGGCGCUGAACUAUAAAUAAUGUCGUUGUGCGGUGCUUCGGCACAGUCACAUUUCUGCAUUCGUCGUGUGGAUUUGAUUCUGAGCAAAAAUGAAACUUCUCAUCGCUCUCGCCCUGGUGGCCGUCGCCAGUGCAGAUGUCUCGCAUCUGUUCUCGCACAGCAACAACCUGCAGGAGGAUGGCUACGUCUACGAUCCCCCGUCGAAUCCCGUCGUGAUCGAUGUGCCAUACGUGCCGAAGGAGUCCGCUCCACCCGCCGUCAUCUACCAGGCCCCCAAGCCCACGCCUCCUCGCCCCGUCUACACCGCUCCCCCAGCUAAGGUCUACACUCCCGCUCCACCAGCCAAGGUGUACACCCCUGCUGUGCCAGCCGGAGCCCUCAAGGAGGAUGGCUACCACUAUGGCCAGCCUUCGGUCAAGUUCGAAACCUACGAAAAGCCCGUGGAGACUGCCCCCGCACCAGUGUACGUGAAACCCGCCCCUCCCAAGGUCGAGUACCUGCCUCCCGCACCCGUGAAGAAGGUGGUCUACACUCCUCCUCCACCCCCACCAGCGCCUGUUAAGAAGGUGGUGUACACUCCUCCUCCACCACCGGUCUACGUGAAGCCCGCCCCUCCCAAGGUCGAGUACCUGCCCCCCGCACCCGUGAAGAAGGUCGUCUACACUCCUCCUCCACCACCCCCACCGGCACCCGUGAAGAAGGUCGUGUACACUCCUCCUCCACCACCACCAGCGCCAGCUGGCAUCCUGAAGGAGGACGGUUACCACUACGGUCAGCCCUCGGUCAAAUUCGAAACCUACGAGAAGCCCGCCCCUCCGGCUGUCAUCAAGAAGGUUGUGACUCCCGCACCACCAGUCUACGUUAAGCCCGCCCCUCCCAAGGUCGAGUACCUGCCACCCGCACCCGUGAAGAAGGUGGUCUACACUCCUCCUCCACCACCACCUGCACCCGUGAAGAAGGUCGUGUACACUCCUCCUCCACCACCCGUCUACGUGAAGCCUGCACCACCAAAGGUCGAGUACCUGCCCCCCGCACCCGUGAAGAAGGUCGUCUACACUCCUCCUCCACCACCCCCACCGGCACCCGUGAAGAAGGUCGUGUACACUCCUCCUCCACCACCCCCACCGGCACCCGUUAAGAAGGUCGUGUACACCCCUCCUCCACCACCACCAGCGCCAGCUGGCAUCCUGAAGGAAGACGGUUACCACUACGGUCAGCCCUCGGUCAAAUUCGAAACCUACGAGAAGCCCGCCCCUCCGGCUGUCAUCAAGAAGGUUGUGACUCCCGCACCACCAGUCUACGUUAAGCCCGCCCCUCCCAAGGUCGAGUACCUGCCACCCGCACCCGUGAAGAAGGUGGUCUACACUCCUCCUCCACCACCACCUGCACCCGUGAAGAAGGUCGUGUACACUCCUCCUCCACCACCCGUCUACGUGAAGCCUGCACCACCAAAGGUCGAGUACCUGCCCCCCGCACCCGUGAAGAAGGUCGUCUACACUCCUCCUCCACCACCCCCACCGGCACCCGUGAAGAAGGUCGUCUACACUCCUCCUCCACCACCCCCACCAGCGCCAGUGCAGAAAGUGGUGUACACUCCUCCACCACCAGUGUACGUCCAGCCUGAGGGUCCCAAGGGCUACAGCUACCCCAACGAUCCCCAGCCAUCGUUCGACUAUUAGGCUACGUAGGCUUCUUGUAAAUAUAAAGAAUCUUCAUUAAGUAU